AUGCUUCCUAUAACCCUUGAGGAGUCUACAGUGGCCUGGGUGCAGAGUAAGGUCACCAAGGAAGCAGUGGCAAAAAUUCAAGUGUUGGAUUUGAUAGAGAUUGAAGCUCGGGCUUGCAAAAUGAUUACUUCUCAAGCUUCUUUAAUCCCUUUAUCACAAAGAUCAUGCGGCCAUGAACUUAGUGGCCAAGUCCCUCCAACCGAGGCUUACUUGAAGGAGGACAUGGACAAGAAAAAGGCCUUCCUUAAGCAAACCAUUAAGGAAAGGGAUGAUUUUAUAAAGAAUACGGUUGAUGCUGAGGCCCGACCUUCUAAUUAG